AUGCGUACCAAGGCUGCUGGGAUGCGUUGUGAAAUCUCGGUGGUUGAUACGGUUCAGGCGGCCUGGGAUAAAUUUAAAUCUUAUCUCACGGAAGUGUCUACUCCCUACAUCCCGCUUGCGAGGAGAAAGGAGACACGGGCGCGGCCGCCGUGGAUAGAUACCACUGGCAAGCACCUGCUCCAGAAGCGUUCUAGAUGCUGGAGGACCUACCGUGCGGCGCCAUCAACUAGCACCUAUGCUAGGUACCGCGAGGCUAGAAAUAGGUGUAAACAACACUUAAGGAAAGCUCGGCUGGUGUACGAAAAGGAAUUGGCUGACGGAGCUUCGGAAAAUCCGAAGAAGUUCUUCGCUUAUGUUAAGAGACGCUGUGGUUCAACUUCGGUAAUCCCAACUUUGAUGAGGGCCGAUGGAACUCGUGCGUAUGCGGACUCAGAUAAGGCUCGUGUACUUGGGGAACAGUAUGCAGGGGCUUUUGUACGUGAGGCCGCGUUGACUAGCGUUGAAUUUGUCCCCAGAGUACCUGAUGGUUCUUAUUUAGCUGAGUUUACUGUGGGGGAAACGCAAGUCCUUAAACUGCUGCAAGAACUGUACCCUUCCAAAGCAGCUGGACCUGAUUCAAUUCACCCGAAACUUCUGCAUGAGUUGGCGGGGGAACUAAGUGGACCGCUGACGAUGGUGUUUCAGAAAUCACUUGACACCUGUACAUUACCUUCCGAAUGGAAGGAGGCUGUCAUCUGUCCUAUCUUCAAAAAUGGCGACAGGAGUCUGUCAGCCAAUUAUAGGCCAGUUAGUCUGACUAGCGUCGUGGUCAAACUGCUUGAAAAGCUGGUGAGAGAUUCGUUGGAAUGUCACCUGAAUAGAUUUAAUCUGCUCAGCAGUGCACAACAUGGAUUCCGGAAGGGGUUUUCGUGUUUGACGAAUUCGUUGGUUGCUCGUGAAGCUUGGGCCGAGGCAGUGGACAAUGGCCACGUAGUGGAUGUGCUUUUCGUAGACUUCUCGAAAGCAUUUGAUAAGGUACCCCACUUGAGGCUAUCGCAUAAGCUGAGGUCCUACGGCGUAUCUGGCCGCGCCCUUCACUGGGUAUCUGCGUUUUUGCUGGGAAGAGAGCAGUGUGUACGUGUGGGUCGCAGCUUAUCCUUUAAGCAAGCGGUCCUUAGCGGUGUCCCACAGGGCUCUGUCCUUGGACCGAUGCUGUUCUCUAUCUACGUAAACGAUCUCCCUGGAGAGCUUGGGGUAUCAUCCUUAUUGUUUGCUGAUGACCUUAAGCUAUGGAAUGUUGUAAAUGUUCCUGGGGGUUCUGAGGCCAUACAGCGUGCACUGGACAGACUCUGGGACUGGUCUACUUUGUGGCUACUGCCCAUAAAUCAGGCUAAGUGUUCCGUCCUUCGUAUAGGAGCAACUUUCCCGCCUUCGAGCUACGUACUCUGUGGGGUCGAACUCCCCCUUGUCUCCAACCAGAUAGAUCUAGGUGUCGUUCAUUCCUCGUCUUUGUAUUCUGGUGACAACUGGAAGAAGGCCGCUAGUAGGGGUUUCAGAAUGUUAUGGUUAAUACGCCGUUCUUUCGGGGUCUUAACUGCCGACAUAUUUGUGAAGCUAUUCUCAGCUUUCGUUCGGCCCCAUCUGGAAUACUGCGUACAGGCUUGCGCGCCCUGCCUUGUUCGGGACAAAAUGGAGUUUGAGAGGGUUUUGAGAGUAGGUACCAAAUUGGUCGAGGGGUUACGGGUGCAAUCGUACCCCGAGCGUCUACUUAGCUUGGGUAUGUAUUCAAUGCACUACCGACGGCUUCGAGGAGACCUAAUCCUUACUUACCGCAUUUUAACCGGGAAGGUUGGGCCGGACUUGCGCUGGCUGUUUAGCCCGGCUAGGUUGCCUUGUCUUCGCGGUCAUCCCAUGAAGCUACACAAGCCGCGUUCUGACGGGAUCAGGGCGGAAACUCGGUUAUCGCGUAGAGUUAUCGAGCGCUGGAACUCGCUUCCAGAAAAUGUAGUCAGUGAACCUACGGUUAAGGGUUUCGAGCUUCAGUUAGACGCUCUUGGGUGGCAACACGAAACCUUUCCCUUCUCCUGACCAUAUCCAUCUUCAAACUUUCAGUUCUUAUUCUGUCAUUAUCUUCACUCUUUGGUGUUAU